CUACAGUUGAGAAACAGUAGAGACCACUGACCACGACAACGACAAUCCAGUACAAGCAGAGUCCGCGACUCGCGAGUUGACACGCCACCGGCCCACCGCCAGUUCCGGAUCGCAACGGCAACGCCGCGAUCGAGGCGGCCCAAUGAAAAACAGAUAUUAUAUGCGCAUGCGCGACGAUUAAUUAAAAUAUAUCAGAAAACAACUUAAUUGAUUAAUUACUCCAGUAUUAUUGACUAACAAACGCUAAAUUCGUGACCACCAAACGAUUUCCGUUCGAUUUGACUAUAAAUGGGCCAAAAAAUAAAUUAGAAUCAGGUUAUGUCGGCCAACGUCAUAUGAAAGUUUUAAUUGUUAAUUACUGCCUAAGUAAUUACCACCAAAUAUUAAAAGUGGGAUACCAAAGACCACCAAACGACCACCAAACGAUUGAGUAUGGCGAAUAUUGAAAAAUUAACAUUUGGUCGGCCAAAUACAUGUUGCCAAAAUUAAUUUAUUAGUAAGCUGUGUCCACAGCAUCCUCCGAUUGAGUGUCAAAAUUGUCAAAAAUGUCAUGUUUCAUGUUUGUUCAAUUAUUUGAAAUAUCAAAAUAAAAUAAACGGAAAACGGAUUUUUCGAUUUUUUAAUAGUGAAGAUUCAAGUUACAAGUGAUUAUUUUUUUAAUUUGUGUCUCAUUUUGUAUCUGGACUAGUUCUCAAAGAUUCUGAAAAACCAUGAAUAAGUUCGAUGUUUUUGUUGCCGGAUUCAAUAAUCUGGAUGAAACAGUUAAUUUUGGCAAACGAAUAACUGGAGGUGACAAGAGUUUAUAUGAAAUACAUACACUGGCAGUAAUUCGAUCUUCAGAAAAAUCUUUAGAUUCCAAACCCAAUCUCAAAAUCACCUCUUACUAUCAAGUAGAUGGCCACAUUUUUUUUGGCAUUAACAAUUGCCUCAGAGUGCUGAAAAGCAUGGAGCAUCCAGUCCAAAUCGCCUCCUUAGAAUUUGAAAGUUGCCUGGAUACUAUUGUGGUGUCCAAUUGCAAAAAGUUCAUACUUAUUUGUACUAGAAGUGGAGAUAUGUUUAUAAGGAAUUUAUCGGAAAUUGUUAAUGCUACUAAGGAAAAUGAUACAGAUUCGAACAUUAUUGUUUAUAAUGAAGAAAUCAUUCAUCCUAAUCAUGGAAAUGGAGAUGGAAAUGUUAGUUUUGAUUGUCCUCUGGUAUUUCAAGAAAAAUUAGAGAUUACUCCAAAUGAUUCUCAAAACAGUUUCAUUGGUGCCUUUGUGGACAAAACUAUCAAAUCUCCCACGUUUUAUGUGGUAACUUGCAACGGUCUAAUAAAAAAAAUUGCCUUACCCACUGACGAUGGCAAAUUUAUUUCUGAAACACUCAUAGACCUGAAGAGAAACUUAUUAAUUUGCGCCUACACUUCUUCUUAUCUUUGUUUAGAAGGCCAAGAUCUCAUAAUGUUGAAUCUUCGCACCCUGAACUAUAAUAUGGAUGACUGUUUAGGUCUAAAAUGUCUUCAGGCAGUUGGGAGGAAUUUGCUUGGUAUGGAUUAUAAUGGCAAUAUUUUUAAAAUACAGCCAGCAAAAUUUUUAAUAUUUGGAGUAAACGAUGAGUUGCCUCAUUUAGUAAAUGUCUUCGAUGCUUUAAUGGUACUUGCUGACGGAGAGAAAAAAUUUGUUUUUGGAAUUACUACAGAGAAGGAAUCAAAAAUACAGGCGAUGGAACUUUUGGAUUCUACUAGUGUGGCUUUUGAUAUUGCCCUCUCAGACAAAACUAACCUUGUCAACACACAUGGUUUUAGUUUAGAAAUUCCUCUGCUUACAGAAAUUUAUAAGAAUGGUAAUUUAGCAGAAGUGCGCCUACAAUGCAUUGUGCAAACUGAUCCUGAAUUACGUGUGAAAAAGUUAAUCGAGAAAGGCCUUAUAGAUAGAGCUGAAAUUUUUGCACAAACCUUCAAUGUGGACCCACAAUUUAUUGCUAAAGCCAAAGCCGAACAUAUUGUGGCCCAAUGUGAAGCCACAACAGAACAAAUUGAAGAAUUUUUAAGGAUUUUAGAAAAUGUCGAUGAUCAAUUGUUCAAAAUGUCUUGUUAUAAUUCGGUUACUUGUAAAACUAGUUCUGACACACGAAAAAUACUUUGUCAGGGGGCACUUAUGGACAUUGAAGUUAGAGAUAGUAGCGAAAACAAUGAUAAUGUCCUGUUAUCCGCCAAAAGACGAUUUAAUAAAAAUUUGCACAAAUUUGACACAUUUAUGCAAGUUUACAAGGAGUAUGAUCAGCGAAAAUGGAACUAUUUUAUUGACUGUGAACUCAUUGAUGAAGUGAAAAUGUUUUUGAAACAGGGCCGUGCAGAAGAGGCAUCCUUAAUCUAUUCCCACCUAGAACACAACGAAAUUGCUAAUUUACCAGACACAACUGUUGAAGAAGUUUUAACAAUAAUCAACGAGGCUUUCAAAAGAACAGCCCCCUUUCUCAAAACCUUUAUUCCUUUAACGCUCAAAUUUAAACCAGAUGCUCUUGCUAUUUUGGUCGAUUGGGUCCAUGGCAAGGUUUAUCGAAUGGAAAAGGAAGUUGGCGCUAAUUUUCCAGAUUGCGCUAUCAUUUUCCUGGAAGAUAUAACUGCUCUGAUGAGUUCUUACAUGCCCGCUAGAAGUCACUUAAGUGAAGAGUGCAGAGACAUUCUAACAAAUUUAUUGAUAGCCUUGAGAAACGUUCAAUUGCUCCUCAAUAAUUUUUCUAUUAGUUUACCGUUAUCAGAAUAUAUUAGUGAUCCUCAAGAUAUUGUACAGACUCUUUUGAAUUAUGAUUUGGAAGCACAAAACUUUGAGCUACUAAUGAGAGAAUUUUUAUUUCCAUUUAUGCUUAAAUGUGGUGUGGACACUGACGAUUUACUCAUCCAACAAAUGAAAGGAAUUUUCCUUUAUAAUGAAGACUAUUGGCUCAAUAUUGUCCAUGUACUAUUAAAGUUCAUCUGUAAAGCCGAUAAAAAGUUGGAAGCGAUUAAAAAUAUUCUGGACAUUUCUGCUAAACCCUGGAGCAAUAAAGUUAAGGAUGUUGCCCGGAUGGCUUUUGAGAAUACCACUAACAGUCCAAUUGCAGAGGAAAUUGCGGAAUUGCUGAAUGAUGAGCCUAUGCUGAUCGUUUUGCAAAAGUACAACAUAAAUAAAACCAAAUUUGCGACAGAUAAACAACACUUUUUCAACCGUAUCCUUUAUAUGAACCGUGACAACUGCCAGACAGCGAUUGAAGACAUCCAUCAAUUAUGUAGAGACGACGAGGACCGUUUAGAAAUCGACUUAAUUUUAAUCAAAGCAUUUAUAAAAUAUGACAAAGUCGACGAGGCAAUGGAGUUUUUCCAGAAACGCCCACUCAAAGACUUAUUAACUUUGGGCAGUCAACUUAUGGAAUAUAUUUACAAUAUGGGGCAAAUGAAAAAUUUGAGUGAUAAAUAUCGAAACCUUUAUCAAUCGGUUUUAAAGCCUCUAUGGGGAAUCAUUAGUACGUGUGGUGCAGAAGAAGGACAAACUUAUAAAGACGUGGUGUUUUAUUAUGAACUAGCGAAUGCCAUCUAUGGGAUUAAGAGCGAAUUUGAAGUGCAGGUGGAUACGUUAACGUUGAGGUGGCCUAGUAAGAAAGAGGAAGCUUUACAGGAAAUAUUACUAAAAAUAAAUGAAACUAUUAUAAAUAAUGAUCAUCCCAGUUUUGAUGCAACUGUGCACAAAUGCAAAAAAUUAGCGUCCUAUUUUGGACUCUCAUUAGAAAAUAUUUUUCUUCGUUUCAUGAAAUAUGGAGACAACUUUGAGACUUUUUUAAAUAUAGGCAAAUAUUUAUUGGACACUUCCACAUCUUCGGAAACUUUGACUUUAUGUGCAGUCUAUUUUUUCCGUUACACCAAAGACAAUUUAGAAAAUGUCGGCGAUGAGACUUUUUUGGAUGUUGUAGCCUCUACCAAUCGAAGUAACUCAGAUGACACCAACGAUCUAGAAGCCAUUAAGCUAGCGCGAAAACUGUGCGUCAAAGCUCUGAUGUUCGCUCAAGAGGAUCAAAUGCCCAUUUUAGAAGUGCUCGGUUGGAUUGAUUCUUGUUAUUAUCUGAGCAUUAUGCAUAAAAAACUAGAAUUCCAAGGGGAUAUUCAUCAAAACUACACUCCAAUGGGCUCGCCUUACUAUUCUGGAAUGGCUGUUGAUACUAUUAAGAGUAUAUUUAAUGUUUAUUGUGCUUUUGUUGAAACCCUUAAGACCCCUGGCUCCCAAUAUUUAAUAUACUUUAGCUGUAACAGGGAUGUUUCUCAGAUCGACUUCCAAACUGAAUUUUACCAAUUUAUUUCACAAUUACGUGUCCUACUUAAACAAGACCUACAUUUAACCGCCCUUAACAUGGUAACCGUGUUGUUACGCAGCUCCCUAAUCUAUCCAGCUUUACGGGAGCAUGUCAAACCAUUGAAAGAUGAAUUCCUACAUAAAAUCAUACCAGAAACGAUUAAUGCCGUAAUGUCGCAAAAAUGCAUCGACAAAGCCAUGUUUCUGAAUCUUACCCUUUAUUUUGAUGAAAAAACGUACGAUCAACAUUUGACAGAGUAUUUGAAGCUUUAUAAAAAACAACCCAAGAAACUGAAUGUUAUAACUCAAGUUGGCUUGAACUUGUUGGCUCAUCAUAGGGUUAAGCGAGGCAGAGAUGAAUUAUUGAACAUUUUAAACAUGUGUAAAUGGUGGUUUAGGAUCGACGAUCCAAAAUUAAAAUACGAAUGGUACUUUUCCUGUAGUCCCGCUAGGAGGCUUGAAGUUUUACUUAUAGAAAACAAAUUAACUUUGGAAAGUUUACCAGAGUAUUGUCAGGAUUUCACUUUAAAUUUGCAACAAUGCUAUUUGAAAUAUUUGGAAAUCACUUUGUUGAACUGGCAGCCGGAUGUGGAAUACACGACAGAGGUUAGCGGCAGAAAGAGUAUAAAAAUCAAAAAUUCCGAAAGUGAAUUGUUGGGCAAGUGUUCAGAUAUAUUGAAGUAUAUUACCGAUAAAAAAGAGGUGUUUGAUUUGACCGAAAGGAUUUGGCCUAUGAUAAAUUUCUACUACUAUGAAGUCUACUUAGCCCUCCUAAUAGUCCAUAUGAAAGUGGCUACAUCAGGAUCCACAAUACCAACAAUUUACAAACCAUUACUCCAAUUUUUGAAAAAUUAUAAACGUGUCGGAACUCCAACUCGUUCGGAAAUGGAACAAUGGCAUGGUACGUUUGUCUCAAAGGCGCGCAUCGAACCUCUAUCCGAAUUUCGCUUGCCGUUAACAAGCACUUUCUUAUCUGCCGGCAUUUGGAAUAUCAUCAAACAAGAGGUAAACUUGGACACCUACAAGCAAUGGUUCAAAGUUACCUCGAUUCUAAAAGAAUUUAUCAAUCAACAAGAUAUUUGCACCUACGCUAUAUCCAGUCCCAUUUCAAAUAAACUCAUUGACAGCAUUUCGAAUAGUAAUGGCUGGGAAUUGAAUUUAAAGUACGACUAUUUGUGGCCCAAAGUUGACGAGUGCGCCAUGAAUAUAAGCGAUUUGGAACGGGCCACGGCGGCAGUUUACGCGUUAAUGGGCGGCAUGCCAGAUGGAGCAGAUAAGGUUGUAAUGGCACAAUUGAGUUAUAAGUAUGCCAAGUUGUAUCGAGAAGCUAAUCCUGACAAUGCAGAAGUUGAGAAAGUUUAUGCUAAGGUAAAACAGCGAUAUUUAAAUUAUUCCGCCAUCCACAUCCUGCACAAAUACCAACUAGUUAAAGAAAACUAUCUGGAACAAGUGGCCCAACCCACAGAUUUAAUAUGGGAAUUGUAUAACGAUUCAAGAAUCGAACUAUUUUUCGAUAAUUUAAUCGCAGAUUGUCCCGAUAUUAAUAAAGCCGUCGAAGAACUGUGCAGUUUGUUUGGACUCAACAUCAAACGGGAACUUUGCAAUGUUUUACUGAAACUUUUGGCAGUUCCAUCGCCCUUGGAGCUGGAUUGUAGACGAUUGUUCCCAGGCAGUGAAACGUUGCAUUUGAAACGUGUUUGUUAUUUAUGUAAAACUCAACAUUUAAAACAUUGGCAAAAGUGGCUUUAUGAGUUAGGUAUAAGAAAUCCUUCAGAAAAAGAUAUGUCUGUAAAAGCGAACGCUUGGAGAUGUGUGUAUUAUAUUAGCGAUAUAGAUACUAUUGAGGAGAUUUUUAAGUUGGAUCAUGACAAUGUUGUAGUUUAUUUAAAUAAAAUGUCAGUGAUAGCCAAAAUGUGUGAUUUAGGCCUCAAAUUUGAAGGCGUUGCUGAACUGGACGAAGGAAAUAAAAAGAGACUAUUGAAAAAUUUGGCAAAAGUAAAUACUAUUGCUGCCAUAAAAUGUAUAGCAAGUCUUUGCAAAAUAUACGGUUUCAACGAUUUAAAAUAUUGGGAGUACAUUGUCAAUUCUGCUGUACAAUUUCGUAUGAUCAAAGAAUUACAAGACUAUUUGGAGUUUCUAAAAAGCAGAUGCGUCAGCGAUUGUAUCAAACAGGCCUGGCAAGUCAUUUUGUUUGAUUUAAUUAGCAAUUUGAGUAACGAUCCUGCCCAGAAAGUGUCGAAUAUUCGAGAAUGUGAUGUAUUUUUGCUGUUGAAGACUUGUCCAGUUAUUUACGAACUUGAUGUGGAGCCUUAUAUACAAGAAUGUCUGCUGAAAGGCAGGGAGGACGUUGCGAAGGUUUUACGACAAUAUAGGAAAUUGUGAAGCUUCUGUGAUUUUUGAGGUUUUUUUUUUGUAUUUGAUGCCUGUUUUUUUUUUUUUUUUUAGUUUGCACAAUUUCUAUUUAAACUUUUGUUCAUACUUUUAUAGGCUAUAAAGAACG